UUCUAUUUUUUUUAUGGUAAGAAGGUUACCCUUAGUCCCAUUACUCCUUACACUAAUGUUAAUGUUAGUGUACUUGUACUAGAGGGGGGAGGAGUGUUCACAGAGAGGCAGUUUAAAAAUACAUCACUGGGUUUUACCACAAUUUUGGAGAAACAUGGGAAAGGUUGAAGGUGUGUUAGAGUCUGAGGACUUUGAGUUGUAUGGGAAUGUUGGGGCUCAGGCUGUGGACAUGAUUGCAAGGGCUUUAAGUGGCAUCAGUGAAGAGACAGACAGUGACUCACAGAGAAAAUCAAGUGACAAAGACAAAAGGGACUCAAAUUCUGAACACAUGCCAAGUUUGCAGAAAUUUGACUCAAUGUCAAUUACUGCUGGAGAUGGAUCAAAGUUUCGACGCCGUUCUAGUAAACAUUGGGACGAAUCGGUUUACGAUACAAAUAGCAAUAAUACUCAAAGUGGAACAACGGAGGUUAUCAGCUCUGCUGCAGAGGCGACAUCUGCUCAAAUGACAGAAAAACACACGUCCGCGGAGAUUCCGAAAGCAACUGAAGAUGUCGCUGAGAAUCGGGCCUCGAAGCAUGGAAAUAAAGUUGGUUUGAAAAAAAUAGUCACCAGGAAAGUCAGAAGAAUCUUCAAAACCAAACCAGUGGUUCAUAUGAGUAAAGGAGUCAUUGUUGAAACCAAGCAAGUGAGUGUUCCUGUCCACUCAUUUCUACUUGGAGAAUCUCCAAUACCAUACCAAUUCAAGGAGCUGAAGAAAAACAAGAAGAAAAUGUCAGGUAGAAGCAGAAGAAGCAGCAACAAUACCAGGGUGGCUGAUGUCAAGGUGAAGAAAAGAUCCACUGCUGUCAAAGACAAUCCAUUACAACCCCUGCCAGAAAAUGGGAUGUCCCCUGCUGUUAAUGCCCUGCAGCAGAAGUUCUCUGAAAUGAGGACUUUUUCCAAAAACAGGGAUAUGCACCACAAUAAGGCCCCAGCAGUGCCCCCAAGGGAGCCUCAAGAGUCUCUUUUUCAAAACAACUAUCCUGUAGUCCACAGGUACUAUGUUACCCCUGCCAGUGGGAAAAAGAGGAGACAGAGGAGCAUUGGUGGGGAUGAUGAGCCCAAGCAUAGGCCAUAUACUAUGGCUGACUUUGUGCCCAAUAGAGAAGGCUUGAAAGCUGCACUAUUUGGCCAAGAUGACUCCUUGAGUUCAAAUUCAAACCAUGAGCUAAUUGGCCAUGGUAAUAAGAAAAUGGCUUCCAGGGGAAAGUCCAGAAGGAAGUCCAGGGACCAACAGCUUCAGGUGCAACCAGAAGAGCUGAUCCUGCCAUUGGACCCUCCAGCCUUAUCAGGAGGAGGCUUCUUCAAGAAAGUGUCUGACUUUUUGAGUGCCCCUGCUAUGGCCAACUCUGCUUUGUCCAGAAGGGUGGAUUCUGUCCCUGAUGCUGGUUGGCUGUUUGGCAGGAUGUUCAUUGGCAGUCAACAAAUGACUCAUGGAUCUCCCAACAACCAUGAGGACACUGUUGGCUAUGCAGCAAGUUCACCUCAAGAAGACCAGUACUCAGCAGGACCUGACACUAAACACACUGGAGGAACUACACAGUACCUAAGUUCCCAAGGACCAGCAGUUUCUCCAUCAGCUUCUGAUGCAACAGCAACUGAACACACACUAUCUCAGGACCCCUUUGAGGCCUACUGUGGUUCAAGCAAUCAGGGUUCACCAACCAAAAAUUCAAAGAAAACCAAGGAUGAGCUUGUUUCUGAAGAGACCAGCACCUCCAAGCGGCUUUCUGGGGGUAGUGAUGUGAGUGAGUGUGCUCCUAAAAUGAGCAAGGCCCAAGUCAUGUUUGAACAAGCCAAGAGUAUGAUGAAUUUGUUGAAGUUACUGAGGGAUGAAAUUGCUUACAUCAAAGAGGACAUAUUUGAGAUCCAAACCAUGCAUGACUGUUGUGGUGUGGAUGAGGUGAUGACCAGCAGGGCAAGAGCCAAGAACAGGACAGCUUUCCCAGAAGGCCCCACCAUUCAACUGGAGUCAGAGCCUUAUGCAUACCAAAUAGUGGCCUACAAAACUGUAUUGAAUAUCUGGGCAAAAGAGUAUGUGGAUGAGGAGGUGGAGAGAAGGAAGCUUGACAAGAAGUCAGUUCUGCUGAGAGGGAUGAGACUGCAGAAACAUCUCAAGGAACAAUUUAUUUGUGACCCUGCCCUGAUCAUGUCAAGGGACCUGAGACUGGAAGUGCAAAGAGCUGAGCAUUUGUUGGGGGUUGAGUUGGAUAGAGUGAGAACCUUGGAGAGAAACAUACCAAAAAUUGUAGAACUUGGAAGGAGAUUAGUUUGUUCCUGGCAAAAGAAAAAGUACCUUCAAGAAGUCAUCCAAGUGUUAUCUGGCCACCUGAGAGCCUCACCAGAUGGAGACACUGCCAUCACUCACAUGCUUGAGCUCAUGGAACCAUCCACAGACUCCUAUGACUUCCUCAGGCUCUUCUAUUCUAACCUUGAUGGUACUUCCAUAACUGAAACUAAUCCUGCUAUGGAACCCACUUUUGAGCCUCAGCUGGGCCAUGGGGUCAACUUCUGUGAGGCCAAAAAGCUCAUCCACUUCAUGAAAUACAGGCACUUGCAUCCCUGGUUCAAGUUCCCAAAGAAAAAUAAACUAGGUGGUGCUGGUCUGGAUGUAAAUGACUAUGGAUUCAAAGACUUUAUGAAGGAUGACAGGUUCAAUUUCGAACACAUGAUCCCACAACAGCAAAGAGGGGUUGAAAUGGGCGCAAGGCGUUUCCGCGUCAUGUGGGACAGGCGCGCAAAGACGGCUUUGUACAAGGCGAUGACGCUCACCGACUCAAUACGGAGUCUGGAGCACAACAUGCAAUUGGACUACAAAGCACCCCGUACCGUCGGCGACCUUUUCCCGCAUGUGGCUUUUGUGCAGCGCCUGGAUAUCGACGAAGCACUGGUGUCCAAACCGCCUACAGUAGAAAAGUAUGGGAUCCCGGAAGUGUCAACUCGGUCUCCGAAUUUCAAUUGAGAAAUAUGGCGUAUUUUUAUUUUAUUUUUUAAUCGGUCUCAAGAUAUUAUUGUUGUAUACUGCACAUGUUUGUUUCUCUCUCUCUUUUUUUCUAUUUUUUUUCUCUUCUCUCCUCCCUCCUCUGGCAAUAAAUGCACGAUUUAGUUUUCCACGGUUAUAUACAAGAAGAAAAA